CAUAGCACUCCUGAUCAGCCUCUCCUCCAAGCAAACUAACUGGAGCUAGGCUGCAGGCAACAGGGUGUCUGUUAGCACAGCUCUUGCUGGGUGGAAACUACACAGCUGGGCCCUCUUGACAAGGGAGGUCUUUCCAUUAUCAGCUACCUCUAAUGCUUGCUUGGAGAGGUGGUACCCUCAUGGUAGGGACAUUUGGCAAGAUCUGGAGUGUCAGUUACAGCACAAGUAAAACUUCCUAAUUGCAUGUGAAGUCUUGGCCUCCACCAACACCUCUGUUAUAUGCUGGCAAGCUGCGUUGUGUGGAUCCCUGGUGUGCUCAUUGGUCAUAAGCUCACACGUGUUUGAUAUAUAAUCUCCACUUUUUUUAAAGGCAAGAGAAAUAGGAGUUUCAGUUCCUCUGUCCUCCCCUCAGAGCCCUCUUGUCCAGCUGCAGUUUAGUGGUGGAUGCAGGUGCUUUUUGGCAAGGGUUUGGUGUGUAGCAAACAGAAGCUCAGAAGCACUCAGGAUGCUCCUCCUGGCCUGUUUCCUCUGCACACCCACGCCAGCUCUGCUGUGAGGUUUCCCUCAGAGGGGAUGCGGAUGCACUCUUGGUAGCUGGCUUCCGUGUUUAAGAUGAGCAUGUGCUGCUCAAAAGCAUGUCUGCCUCUGGAUGCUCCUUGCAGCAGCGGCUGCAGCUUAAUUUCCCCCCAGGGGAGCGAGGCACAGCCUAUGGAACUGCGAGGGAUUGUCAAAGCCUUUCCCAAGAGGAAGAAGCAGAGUGGCUGAAACCAGUCACUGCCUACGUGUUGCAAGCUGGCAUCGGCCAAGCUAGGGCAGAGAUCUUCCACAAGCAGAUUGUCCAGAAUGGGGGAUACGUACGCAACUGUCUCUGCUCGGAGGUGACGCACGUCAUUGUAGCUGAAGAUAUGGACUGCGACCGGGCCUUCCGGCUCCUGAAAUUGGCCAAGCUGCCUUCGAGCUUGCAGCUGGUGAAGGCAUCCUGGCUCAGUGAUUGCAUUAGAGAUCAGAAGCUGCUGAAUACCGCUGGCUACAGCGUCUUUAUCCCUCGGAGGUACCGGGAAGAGGGAGAACAGCAGCAGCAGCAGCAGCUCAUGGGCAAUGGAGAAAGCCAGUCCUUGAUGGUGGAGAGCACAGCAGAACCAAAUACUAAAGCACAAGUGGGGGAUUCCUCACAGCAAAACCUAGGCAGCCUUUCACAGCAGCAACCAUCUGAGAAAGUCUAUGACGAUGAAGACAGCGAAGAAGAUGCUAGUGUCACUCAGGGAGAUCUGGAAGCGCUGAUUUCUGGCCGCUAUCCUGUGAAAUCAUCAGAGGAGACCAGCGGCAGCUCUACCGCAGUGGCCCAGCCUGCCAGCAAGUGGGUUUGUGCACAGUCCUCCAACAGCAAGAAGGAGAAUCACAACCAGUGCAUCACAGAGAAGCUGGAAGUGCUGGCAAAAGCCUAUUCUGUCCAGGGGGACAAGUGGAGAGCUCUGGGUUAUGCUAAAGCCAUCAAUGCACUCAAAAGCUACCACAAACCAGUCACCUCCUACCAGGAAGCCUGUAAGAUUCCUGGGAUUGGGAAGCGAAUGGCAGAGAAGAUCCUGGAGAUCUUGGAGAGUGGACACCUGCGCAAGCUGGAUCAUAUCAGUGAGAGCGUGCCUGUGCUGGAGCUCUUUUCCAACAUCUGGGGAGCAGGGGUCAAAACAGCUCAGAUGUGGUACCAGCAGGGGUUCCGGACGCUGGAUGAUAUCCGCACAAAGGCGUCUCUCACCAGCCAGCAAGCUGUGGGCCUGAAGCACUACGAGGAUUUCCUGCAGCGCAUGCCUCGGGAGGAAGCUGCAGAAAUAGAGCAGACUGUCAGACAAGCAGCCCUGGCCCUGAAGCCUGGGCUUGUGUGUGUGGCAUGUGGCUCCUACCGUCGGGGGAAGGCCACCUGCGGAGAUGUGGACGUGCUGGUCACUCACCCGGAUGGUCAGUCUCACCGUGGGCUGUUCAGCAAGCUGCUUGACAGCCUCCACGAGAGUGGCUUCCUUACAGAUGACCUAGUGAGUCAGGAGGACAACGGUGAUCAGAAGAAGUAUCUGGGGGUGUGCCGCCUUCCCGGGCCAGCCCGUCGCCACCGGCGCCUGGACAUCAUCGUGGUGCCUUACAGUGAGUUUGCCUGCGCCCUGCUCUACUUCACCGGCUCGGCUCACUUCAACCGCUCCAUGCGCGCCCUGGCCAAGACCAAGGGCAUGAGCCUCUCAGAGCAUGCCCUCAGCAUGGCUGUGGUGCGAGGCCCUGGUGGUGUCAAGGUGGCCUCUGGCCAUGCUCUGCCCACCCCGACGGAGAGAGACGUCUUCAUUCAGCUGGGGCUGCCUUACCGAGAGCCCUCGGAACGGGACUGGUGACACCCUGUUGUCGCCCAGCGCUCCGAGCCCCACGCUGUGCUGCUUUUUUGAAGGGUGCUGGCUUCCCCGGUGCUGUUCUGUGGUGACUGUGAACUGGGCAACGUGUCCCAGCAAACUGGGGCUCCUUGCAAACUGGGGCCCUGCUGCUAGCAGAGCUUUGUGGCUUCACCCAGCAGAGGGCGUGGUCUGGAAGCGGGCUGGGAUCAGGCUGGAAGGGCUGCCCGGUGUCACACGCGUCUGCCUGUGCCCAGCUCUCAGGCACCCCCUGGCUACUGAAGGGGCUCACUGCCCGCCGGCUAACCCUGGCCUGGCUCUCCCUAGGGAAGCUCCAGGAGGUUGACCUGGAGAAACCUUACGAUGAAAGCCGUCCUGGUGCUUGGGGACUGGGGAAGAGGGAUGCAUCUUCCUCUCUGUCUGAGCACAGAUGCCCCAUAAUCUCUGUCCUGAGCUGUGUAUGAAGGCAGCAGGGGUCUGGCCUGGCCUGGAAACAAGCCCCUUUCCUCUGCUCACUGCUGUUGGCAACUGCUGCUCCGGGAAUUGCGAAGGGUUCCCCUGUGCUGCUGCCAUGUCCUCCCUCUGUCUGACUUGUGUCCCGCAAUGGGUGCACUCAUUGUGCAGUGCCAGGCAGCUUCCCCUGGUGCCAAGUAAGCCCUGAGGAAUGCGUAAGAACCCACUGUGCCGUGUCUGUGUGUUCUCAGUUUGUCAUGUGCUGAGCAUCCUGCAGUGCAGAGUGCUGUGAUCCUCCUGGCCUGGGCACACGGGCUCCUUUCCCCUUGGUGCAGGAAAGGAGUGGCCCUUGGGCUUCAGGGUAACUGUGCUCAGGCUUGUAACGACGCUGAAUGUAACCCGGUAGGACUGUGUGUUUGGCGCAUACAAGGCAUGGAGGCAGAGAGAAACGUGGAUAAUUCAGUGUUAAUCUGGGCAAAGCAGAGCUUUCCCAUUUUGUGUGUGUGGUAUCCAGGAAGUCACCUGGUCUGUAUCAGAGCAAGUGUGUGUGUGUGUGUGUGUGUGUGUGUGUGUACAUGUACAGGUGUGCUACCCCCUUCUAUUCCAAGGGAGUGAAUUUUAUUUCUCAGGAAAGCUCAACUAUUUUUGUAUUUUGGAGAUGAAUUUCACAGAGGCUUUCAGUGCUCCGCAGCAUCAGCUGCUGGUGAGGCCAGGGUGGUUGUUCCUGCCCCAGUCUCUGGGGCUGACCUGGCCUUACGCUCCCUUGUCAUGUGGGGGACCUGGCUCCCCCCACUCUGCACUUUGCUGCGUCUUUGUCAAGUGCAGGGAUGAGCUGUGUUUGCUGCCGGGGCAGGCACUAGGGCCUCAAACCUGGCAGCUGUGUCAGCCCAGCCCUUCUACAGAACACUUGGUGGAAAUGAAUGUCUUCUGGCGUGUCUUGGUGCUUUGAAACAUAAAGUACAAUAAAUCCCUUAUCUCUUUUUCCUUGA